AUGGAACAAAUUGCUAAAGAAGGGGAUAUGUCUAAUAAGGAAGGAUGGGCAAUGGCUUGCAAUUCGUACAUCUAUCUUGAUAGAUCCUUCGAUACUGAUGCAACGCGACUAAACAACAUUCUUGACUAUUAUGCACGAUGUGGAUUCAAUUAUCAGAUUCUUUUUUAUCCUGAAGGAACUGACAAAUGUCCUUUGGCAACGGAACGAAGUAGAAAAUACGCUGAAAAGAAUGAAUUCGUACACUAUGAAUAUCUGCUACACCCACGCACUACUGGAUUUGUGCACAUGAUUCAGAAUAUGAGAAGAGCUAAUUAUAUUGACAGCAUCUAUGAUAUAACUAUUGGCUAUAAUGAUUGCAUAGUUCAGUCAGAAGUGGAUUUUGCCGCUUAUGGUGUUUGCCCGAAGGAUGUGCGCUAUCAGGUUCGAAAAAUCAAGAUCAGCGAGCUCCCUGAGGAUGACAAAGGUUUGAGUCAAUGGUUGAUAAACCUAUGGAAAGAAAAGGAGGAAAAGCUACGAAAAUUUUAUUUGAUGGAUCCGAAGUCUAGG